CACAGACGCGCAUUCUUCGGACAUGUUGCUGCGUAAAAAUAGGAAUACAGUUGUCCAUAACUGGCACCCAUUGACACAAUAGCUCUCGUUCCAUAGUAGCUCCUCCCUGUGUGUGUGUGUGUGUGUGUGUGUGUGUGUGUGUGUGUGUGUGUGUGUGUGUAGCGGGUGGGUGACAGCUGGGCUCGCUGCGCUCCGCUCCAGUCUAAGCUUCUCCAAAUAGGAUGACUGUCGGCUUUUGUGGCAGGGACUGCGUGUCCGUCUCCGCAGCCAGUUCUGGGACAGUCUUUCGGUUCGGUCCGUUCAGUUUCUACCCGAGGGGAGCCUGAGAACCGAAUCCUCGCCGUUUCUCCUGACCUUUUAUAGUGUGAAUUUCCGAUGGAUUUUCCGAUUCGAAGAGGUGCGAUCUGAGCGCGGCAUGUAACAAAAAGAAGCGCAAGGAGAGAAAAAAAGUCGCGCUCGUGUUGUUUUUGUUUUUUUUAUUUUCCCUGAAGCGAGCCUCUAUCCGAACUGCUUCAAAACGACACAUCUAAUGGAUUAUUAACAGACGGAGCCGCACAGAGUCAUUCCGAGGCGAUUCCAUUCAUGAGCUGAAGGCUAAGCCAAAUCUUUAGCAGAGGACCAGCAGUAGCAGCAGCAGCAGUGUUGGUGCGACCAUGAGGUCAGAGGCCUUGGUACUCUACUUCACGCUGCUGCAAAUAGCCGGGGCGGGCUUCCCUGAGGACAGCGAGCCUAUUAGCAUCUCACAUGGAAACUACACAAAACAGUAUCCAGCAUUCGUGGGCCACAAACCUGGAAGRAACAACACGCAGCGGCACAAACUGGACAUCCAACUCAUCAUGAUCAUGAACAGGACGUUAUACGUCGCUGCCAGGGAUCACAUAUACACGGUGGACACGGAGACCGCCAGCGGUGACGAGAUCUUUUUCAGCAAGAAAAUGACGUGGAAGUCCAGACAACCAGAUGUGGACACCUGCAGAAUGAAAGGAAAGCAUAAGGACGAGUGUCACAAUUUCAUCAAAGUCCUCCUGCAGCAAAAUGAUGACACCUUGUUUGUUUGUGGAACAAACGCCUUCAAUCCCUCCUGUCGAACCUACAAGUUGGACACCAUGGAGCCUCUGGGGGAAGAGAUCAGUGGCAUGGCACGAUGUCCGUAUGACGCGAAGCACGCCAAUGUUGCUCUUUUUGCUGGUGGCAAGCUGUACUCAGCCACCGUAACAGACUUUCUAGCGAUCGAUGCGGUCAUUUAUCGUAGCCUUGGCGACAGUCCGACUCUUCGCACUGUCAAACAUGACUCCAAAUGGCUGAAAGAGCCGUACUUUGUCCAGGCAGUCAAUUAUGGAGACUUCAUCUAUUUCUUCUUUCGGGAAAUUGCCAUGGAGUACAACACAAUGGGAAAGGUGGUGUUUCCACGGGUGGCGAGGGUUUGCAAGAACGACCGCGGCGGCUCGCCCCGCGUCCUGGAGAAGCAGUGGACCUCGUUCCUGAAAUCCCGCCUGAACUGCUCCAUCCCCGGAGACUCUCACUUCUACUUCAACAUCCUGCAGGCCGUGACGGACGUCAUCCACAUCAACGGGAGGGAUGUCGUAAUGGCGACCUUCUCCACACCUUACAACAGCAUUCCAGGUUCAGCUGUGUGUGCCUACGACAUGGCGGAGGUGGCGCACACGUUUACGGGACGUUUCAAAGAGCAGAAAUCCCCCGACUCCACCUGGACGCCUUUUCCCGAAGAGAAGGUUCCCAAGCCGAGACCUGGCAGCUGUGCCGGCACUCCAUCCAUGGAGAGGUACAAGGUAUCCAAUGAGUUCCCCGAYGACACACUCAACUUCAUCAAGAUGCACCCUCUGAUGGACGAGGCUGUGCCCUCUAUUGCGAACAGGCCCUGGUUUCUCAAGACCAUGGUGCGGUAUCGACUGACGCGCAUCGUGGUGGACAACGAGGCAGGGCCCCAGAAGAAUCACACGGUCGUGUUCUUGGGAUCUGAGAAGGGCAUCAUCCUCAAAUUUUUAGCCAAGAUGAACCAUGGCUUUCUUAAUGACAGCCUCUUUCUAGAGGAGCUCAACGUGUACAACCCUGACAAAUGCAGCAUAGAUGGCGUGGAAGACAAGCGCAUCAUCGGGAUGCAGAUUGACACCAAGAGUCACGCUCUGUGGGUGGCUUUCACUUCCUGUGUGGUUAAAGUGCCGCUGUCUCGAUGCGAAAGGCACGGGCGGUGCAAGAAGUCCUGUAUAGCCUCCAGGGACCCAUACUGUGGUUGGGUGUCAGAAGGUGCCUGCAGACAAGUGGUUGGCAACAUCAAAUCUGCCUUUGAGCAGGACGUGGAGCAUGGUAACACAGAUGGCCUGGGAGACUGCCAAAAUACAUUUGUGGCACUGAAUGACGUCCCUUCCAGUUAUGAAGGCCACCAGCACCACCACCAUCACCACACCCUCACACUUCCCACCUCAGCCCUCCCCGAGGCUGCAGAAGGCCCCCUGGGGCGGGGCCGCAUGGUGGAGCGGAAGGACCCCCCCAUGAGCUCAGACAAAGGGGAGGACCCGUACGUGGCCGUGCCCUCUCAGACUCAAGCCGAAGCCAAUGGUGUGAUCCGUGAGAGCUACCAGAAGGGUCGUGACCAGCUGGUUCCUGUGACCCUGUUGGCCAUUGCUGUCAUCCUGGCAUUUGCGAUGGGCGCCAUUUUCUCAGGCCUCAUUGUCUACUGUGUGUGUGACCACCGGCGGCAAGAUCUGGACAUGACAGGCCGCAAAGAAAAGGACAACCUGCACCUUCACUCCCGCAGAGGCUCAAUGAACAGUGUGACCAAGCUGUCCGGCCUGUUUGAGACGCAGGCCAAAGACGGUCGCCCGGAGGCAAUCCUCACCCCUUUGAUGCACAACGGGCGGCUGACACCGAAUGGGAAGAUGCUGAUAAAAGCCGACCAGCACCACCUGGACCUUGCUGCUCUGCCAACACCUGAGUCCACACCCAUGCAGCCACGUCGUAAGCCCAGCCGAGGAAGCCGUGAGUGGGAAAGAAAUCAGAACCUCAUCAACGCCUGCACCAAGGAUAUGCCGUCUAUCGGCUCCCCGGUCAUCUCCACGGACCUGCCCCUGAGGGCCUCGCCUGGACACAUUCCCAGUGUGGUCGUGCUGCCUCUGCCGCAGCAUCAGCACCAACUUCAGCCCCAUCUGCAGCAGUCCUAUCAGCACGAGUACGUGGAACAGCCCCAUCACAGUGAACUGAGCAUGGGCCAUGGCAUCAUGGACGACCAGGGGGCCACGCUGGAGUACAAGGCGGCAAAAAGCCACAUGAUGGAUCCAGAUGGGUUGCUGCCACCUCGUGUGCCCCAACGUGAGGCAUCUCUCACCGUCCCUCCUGCUGUCCCGCAGAUGGGCAAACGCCUGGAGGUCCACUCGUCAGUCUACGGCCUCCGGAAAGGAUCAGCAUCUGCUGCGUCUGGAUCCUCUGCCCUGAAGAAGCAUAACACCAACUCUUCUAACUCCUCCCAUCUGGCGAGACAUCACAGCUUCCGUGUGGAGGCACCGCCACCUGCACCGCAGAGGGUGGACUCUAUACAAAUGACAGCACAGGGCAUAUCACUAUCGCGGCAGCCUGGAGUGAUCUCCUAUGGCUCACUGCCUCGAACAGGCAUCAAACACCUCAAGCCUGACGUCCCCCCAAAACCUUCUGUAGUCUCGCUGUCAACAAAAAACAAGUCCAGUGACUCCGGCACAUAGUCCGCCUUCAGUCCAUCAGUCCAAUGUGAACAGACAGAAGGGAAAGGUGUUUUUCCAAUAGAAGGAUACAAACAGGGAUUACUGUACAAYUUGCAUCUCCUUUAGUGCUUUUAUUUGUUUGUUUCCAUGUUUUUGGUGUACAUCAUGGUGAAAAAUUCAACACUUUUCCCCCCUAAAAGAAACCCCACUUCCUUUUUAUAUAAAUAUGUAAAUAUAAAAUGGUUGUUGUCUGUUGUCCCUGUCGUCAAGCUCAUGCUCUAACCAGCUCCCAAACAAAAAAUGGGAAAGUGUGCUACUGAAAAAUAAGACAAAUCCUGUCCUGGAUAUUUCAUGCUUUUUGGCACCUUGUAGCAUUCAAGGUGGUGGCUCUUUUGUUUGUCGCGUCUUUGGCCACCAGGACUUGACUUGAUACUCUAUCACACCAAUAAAAGCACAUAAGAAGAUGGCACGCAGGGCGGCAGGGUCAGGGGAAUGAUGGUUGUACAGUACCUUGACGACUGGAUCGGAGUGGAGACGCGCUCCAGGAGAUGGACUGAAAGGACAGGCGCCUGCCUGAUUUCUAUUGGAAACUGUGAAAAGCAUCUCAGUGUUACAGCAAUCAAGACCUGCCUGGGUUUGACCAAAAAAAUAAAAAAAAAAUAAAAACCUGGCCAGAAGAAUCCUCUAUUGUACUGGUAACUAAAUAUCAUGUGACUGUUAAUACUAAUAGCCUGUUGUAUUUAUUUUUAUUAAGUGCUUUUGAAGAAAAAAAUAAAUAAAAACAAACAAACUGACUUUCUAGGCUCGGGCAAAGAGAAGACAAAGAAGAAAUCUUUUAAUAUUGAAUAUUCAUGUGAGGAAACAUAUUUAAAGUCAUUAAACUGGAGCCAGUAGAACUUUCUCAUUGACUAAAGGUCCAUAAAMGUCUUAUUGUGUGAUCAGUGGGACCUGCAGCUUGAGUCAUACAUGACCUCUGUGACGAGGAGGAGAUAUUUAUUUAAACUGUGCCAGACCUGACUUUCAUCUUUACAGACUUUAUAGUUUUAGACUAACCAUUAAAAAAAGACCUCCCCAAUCACACCCUUUCACUCCUCCGACAAACACCCCACCCCCCACCCCCCUCCUCAACCAGCACUGUGGAUUUUGUGAGUCAGAAACUUUCGUCCUGAGUGGCUUAUCGGUGCCAUCGAAGCUCACUGUUGCAUGUUGCAGAAAAAGAAAUAAUACAAAUAAAACAAAAGCAGCUGCAGCAACAGCGCAGGUAGAGGACAAACGUUCAAAAAGAUGCUGUGGGUGAGGCCACGAUGCCUCCGCGUUGGAACAUAUCGUCUCGUCUGGUGGCAGACAAGCAGGCGACAACCGAAAACAUCUGUUUUGCCUGCUUCUUUUUCCACAUGUAAAUUUGUGCCUUACACCCUCAAGUAGUGACAAUGUUUUCUUUAAUAGCUGUUAACUUUGUGUCCUUGUUGUAUUUUUUUUACUAUUAUAUUAUUAUUAUUUUCUUACGUCAUGACAUUUUCCUGGUUUGAUAUAAAAAAAAUGCAAUUUAAAGAAUGUAGGUGUUGUUGUAAUUCUGGUCCAUAGACAUUAACACAGUUUUUUUUCUUUCCUACAGAUAAACACACAUAUAACACACACACAUACACACACAUCUUUGUGGUUCAUUUCUGAUUGUGCCAUUAAUGCGCAUAAAGCAGCCCUUUCUGUUGUGCUGGAGUGUUGAUGAAUACGUUGUGUUUUUGAUUUUCUGUUUUAUACGAGCUAAACGUCAUGGUGUGUGUUUCUACUCAUUUUUGUUGUUUGUAUGACGUGAUGCUUGUUUGACUGAAAAACUGAACCCUUAACAUUUGUUAGUCAUCAAGAAGGCCAAGGUAAGUUUGUGAUAUAUAUAUAUANAAGCCCCUAAAGAAGACAAUACUUAUUAAGCAUUCAUUUGGUAGUCAGUUGCAACAACAGGCUGGUUCCUGUUAAAAAAUAUUUUWAAAAAAAUCAUGCUCUAUAUGCUCUAUCAUGCCCUUUUUUGUAAGGAAAAAAAAUCAAUUCAAGGAAGUUUAAAGGUUUUUUUUAAAUUUUCUUCACUAACUCUCAUUACCAAGGCCUUAGGAAUAACUGAGAGUUAAUAUGAGCGUUUUUUGCUUUAUUUUAUUUGUACUCAGAUAUUUGGAUUGAUCACUUCUCCCCUUCACCUAAACACUUAAAUCAAUGGAGCACUCUCCUAGUGUUGUGUGUGUUGAAAGGUCAAAGUUUUAUUGAUGUCAAGCAUUAUUUUUUAUUUUUAUUUUUUAAUUGUUUUUGUUUCUCAAUGGAGGAAAGCCAACAAUGUCUGAAUCCACAGCUGAAACAAGAGGGACAUGUUUGGUUCUGGGACUUGAAUUGUAAACAAUGCUGAAGUGAAAGCUCCAAGCACAAAACAAGAUGAAAGUACGGAGCCUGGCGAGUGCCAGGUGUUGAAAUAAAAAGAAUAUCCGUUCCCUCGGUUUAGUCCGCCACAUGCACACAUUUGCAAUAAUAAUGGAUUCGUCAGGUGUUUUAUUGAGCUGGGUCUUUUUGGUGCAGAACGUAGUGUGAGAAUCUACACGGAUCAACAAAUUUAACUACAACACCAGAUGGGAAACAAAGAGUUUAGAGGUUGUUUAAAGAUUACAUCAUCAGGUGAUAAUAUUAAUAACAUCAACAGUAUUGUUUGUAGUGUCUUUUUUGUGGUUUUUAUGAUGGUUCAUUUAGAAUUUUCUUAYACUUGAAAUUUCCACUUUGUUGAACCCAAACAUCAAUCAGUUGCUUGUUUUACAGAACGAUGUGAAUCAUUGGCGAACUUAUGAGCACUGUUUCUUUACAUUUUCCCCAACGUCUUUUUUUAUUUCUGUUCCUGACUCUUGCCAAGCUCUGUCAGAAAUUUCAAACAUGAAAUAACGUGCAUUAAAAAAAUCCAUUAAUUAAAGCAGUGGCCCAAGAUUAGAUUGAAAGUGUGUCUGAAAACAAGAGCAGCGUUUUUYUACCUGCCAGAGUCCAUGAAAACAGAAACUUCCAAAGGCCUGGRAUAAUGUUGACAGCUGCACGUUUUUUGACAUAGAAGGCCUUUGCCUGGAAGAGUCAUCAUGUCAAUGCAAAAUGUGAACACUAAACAUGUCUGUAAAMCGUCCACAUCCUGUGUAGAGAUUCUGGAAGCUUUUUGAUAUCAGACUAAAACUGGAUUAGGGUAGACUGUGMAAGCUGCUGUGGACAGUGAGGUUCUUUAGUGUGUGCCUUUUUGUCUUUCACCCUUGUUAUAAUUCACUGCUAUUCGAUGCAAAUCGACUCAUCAACUUCUCGAACUUUUGAACUUUGUAAGCUUGUAAUAUAUUGUGACGUCACAAAGUUUUUGCCCUACUCUUUUCACUUCCUUAACAUCUGAUUCACAACUUAUUGUAUGUUGUAAAGAAAAAAAACUUUAAUUUAAUGCAAAAUGUAAUUAAAAAAAGAAAAUAAAAUUCUUGUCAUGAAGA